GAGGCGUGGUAGGAAGUGGGAACCGUCAAUCACGAAGGGAGACUCCAAACAGUGAGGCUUGAGCUGGAGCGCAGCGUUUACCGGCGGGGCGGCCGGUUUUAUGAAUGAAGCUAUGGCUACAGAUUCUCCUCGAAGACCCAGUCGAUGUACUGGUGGGGUUGUGGUUCGACCUCAGGCUGUCACUGAGCAGUCCUACAUGGAGAGUGUUGUGAAUUUUCUACAGGAUGUUGUGCCACAGGCUUACAGUGGAACACCUGUAACAGAAGAAAAGGAGAAGAUUGUUUGGGUCAGAUUUGAAAAUGCAGAUUUAAAUGAUACAUCACGAAAUCUGGAGUUUCAGGAAAUACAUACGACUGGAAAUGAGCCACCUUUGUUGAUUAUGAUCGGCUACAGUGAUGGAUUGCAGGUCUGGAGCAUCCCUAUCAGUGGAGAAGCACAAGAGCUCUUCUCCGUUAGGCAUGGCCCAGUUCGAACAGCAAGAAUUUUGCCAGCCCCACAGUGUGGUGCUCAAAAGUGUGAUAGCUUUGCUGAGAAAAGACCUCUCCUUGGUGUUUGUAAGAGCACUGGAUCAUCUGGCACAAGCCCACCAUACUGCUGUGUGGAUCUUUAUUCUCUUCGUACUGGUGAGAUGGUGAAGUCCAUUCAGUUUAAAACACCCAUUUAUGAUCUCCACUGCAAUAAGCGGAUCCUUGUCGUAGUCUUGCAGGAGAAAAUUGCUGCCUUUGAUAGCUGCACUUUCACAAAAAAAUUUUUUGUUACAAGUUGUUACCCUUGCCCAGGGCCGAAUGUGAAUCCUAUUGCUCUUGGGAGCCGCUGGCUUGCUUAUGCAGAAAACAAGUUGAUUCGAUGCCAUCAGUCCCGUGGUGGAGCCUGCGGAGACAACAUUCAGUCUUAUACUGCCACAGUAAUUAGUGCUGCCAAAACCUUAAAAAGUGGCCUGACAAUGGUUGGGAAAGUGGUCACUCAGCUGACAGGCACGCUGCCCUCAGGUGUGACAGAGGAUGAUGUCGCCAUCCAUAGUAAUUCUCGGAGGAGUCCUCUGGUUCCUGGAAUUAUUACAGUAAUCGAUACUGAAACUGUUGGAGAGGGGCAGGUACUUGUGAGUGAAGAUUCUGACAGUGAUGGUAUUGUGGCCCACUUCCCUGCCCAUGAGAAACCUGUGUGCUGCAUGGCUUUUAAUACAAGUGGAAUGCUUCUAGUCACAACAGAUACCCUUGGCCAUGACUUUCAUGUCUUCCAAAUUUUAACUCACCCGUGGUCCUCAUCACAAAGUGCUGUGCACCAUCUUUACACACUUCACAGGGGAGAGACUGAAGCCAAAGUGCAAGACAUCUGCUUCAGCCAUGACUGUCGUUGGGUUGUAGUAAGUACCCUCCGGGGUACUUCGCACGUGUUCCCCAUCAACCCCUAUGGUGGCCAGCCUUGUGUUCGAACACAUACAUCACCACGAGUAGUAAAUCGCAUGAGCCGAUUCCAGAAAAGUGCUGGACUGGAAGAGAUCGAACAAGAAUUGACGUCUAAACAGGGAGGUCGCUGUAGCCCUGUUCCAGGACUAUCAAGCAGUCCUUCUGGCUCACCCUUACAUGGGAAACUGAAUAGUCAAGACUCGUAUAACAAUUUUACCAACAACAAUCCUGGCAAUCCUCGACUUUCUCCUCUUCCUAGCUUGAUGGUAGUGAUGCCUCUUGCACAAAUCAAGCAGCCAAUGACAUUGGGUACCAUCACCAAAAGGACAGGGCCUUAUCUCUUUGGAGCGGGGUGUUUUUCCAUAAAAGCUCCAUGCAAAGUUAAACCACCUCCACAGAUUUCACCUAGCAAAUCGGUGGGUGGAGAAUUUUGUGUGGCUGCUGUCUUUGGAACAUCCAGGUCAUGGUUUGCAAAUAAUGCAGGUCUGAAAAGAGAAAAAGAUCAGUCCAAACAAGUUGUAGUUGAAUCUCUCUAUAUUAUCAGUUGCUAUGGAACCUUAGUGGAGCACAUGAUGGAGCCACGAGCCCUCAGCACUGCCCACAAGAUCAGUGAUGACACUCCACUGGAAAUGAUGACAUCUCCUCGAGCCAGCUGGACUCUGGUUAGAACCCCUCAGUGGAAUGAAUUGCAGCCACCAUUUAAUGCAAACCACCCUCUGCUCCUCGCUGCAGAUGCAGUACAGUAUUACCAGUUCCUGCUAGCCGGCCUGGUGCCCCCUGGAAGUCCUGGACCCAUUACUCGACAUGGGUCCUAUGACAGUUUAGCCUCUGACCAUAGUGGACAAGAAGAUGAGGAAUGGCUUUCACAGGUUGAAAUCGUUACACACACUGGACCCCAUAGACGUCUGUGGAUGGGGCCACAGUUCCAGUUCAAAACCAUACACCCUUCAGGUCAAACCACAGUCAUAUCAUCUAGUUCAUCGGUGUUGCAGUCUCAUGGCCCGAGUGACACUCCACAGCCCCUUUUGGAUUUUGAUACUGAUGAUCUAGAUCUCAACAGCCUGAGGAUCCAACCCGUCCGCUCUGACCCAGUCAGCAUGCCAGGGUCAUCCCGUCCAGUUUCUGAUCGAAGGGGAAUUUCCACAGUGAUUGAUGCUGCCUCAGGUACCUUUGACCGGAGUGUGACCCUGCUGGAGGUGUGUGGGAGCUGGCCUGAGGGCUUCGGGCUGCGGCACAUGUCCUCCAUGGAGCACACAGAGGAAGGCCUGCGGGAGCGCCUCGCUGACGCCAUGGCCGAGUCACCCAGCCGUGACGUCGUGGGAUCUGGAACAGAGCUUCAGCGAGAGGGAAGCAUCGAGACUCUGAGUAACAGCUCAGGUUCCACCAGCGGCAGCAUCCCGAGAAACUUUGACGGCUAUCGAUCUCCACUCCCCACCAACGAGAGUCAGCCCCUCAGCCUCUUCCCCACUGGUUUCCCAUAGUUCCCAGCAAUCUGCUUCAGACCAGCCAGCCCACUCACCCACUGGAGAGAAGGGAAAAGGCUCCCACACCUCAACCCUAACCCUGCAGCCUCUGCUCCUCUGUUGUCACCAUUUCUCCAAGCCCGGUGAUAUCAGCCACCUAUCUUGAGAAGAGCCCCCUACCCAGAGUACAUCCUGAUCUCAUCUGCCCGCUUGGCAGGGGGCUGUGGCCUCAGAAACUGCAGAUGCUCAGUCCCCAUCUCCGUUCGCAUUUGAUGUCCUGCAUUGGAUCCGCUUUUGUAUUUUCUAACCAUACCCACAGGGGCCCUGGAACACUGGGUUGGGAGGGGGUAGUUGGGUCCAGCCAAGGACUUGAGCCUGAAUGGACAGGCUCAGCCCCAGCCCUCUGAGCUGUGACACACUCUACCCCUGUGCUGCCCUUGAUCACCUGUGGCAUGGCUUGAGCCAACGCCCAGUGUACCAAGGAGGGAGUGCCUCCCCUCCCUAUCAGCUCACAGGGAGGGUCUUUCAGAUCAUUACACCCUUUUACCCUGGUUCCGUGCUGUUCAGUGGAAGAAGCUGUAGUUACCGAGGCCCUGUCGGAAAGUGCACGUCUCGUCCAAUAAAUCACGCUGCAAUUGGUGUCCA